AGAGAAGUGGGGCCGGGUCUUACGGACGCUUGUUGUUGUCCGGCCGAGGGAGGCGGAGGUCGCUCGCUCGCUCGGUCGCCGGGGCGAUCUGCGGCGGUCGGCUGGCAGGUCGGUCGCGAGAGUUGGGCGCUGUGCAGGGGGACGAGGCUAUGUCGCGGUGGCAGUCCGGUGCGGCCGGCCGGGCCGGGAGUAACGGGACGUCGCCGCGGAGCUUCUUUCCCCGGAUACAGUGCGGCCCGAGCGGAGGCCGCGGCGCCGCCCUCCGGUCCUGAGAAGCCCGCGCUGCCCGCAGCCACAGCCCGUACCGCCUUCUCACCGGCGCCACCGCCACCCUACCCGGCCCAAGCAGGCAGCAGCAGCCCCUGGAGAACCUGGGACCACCGAGGACCAUGAAGCUGUUGGAGAACUCCAGCUUUGAGGCCAUCAACUCGCAGUUGACUGUGGAGACAGGAGACGCCCACAUCAUUGGGAGGAUUGAGAGCUACUCGUGUAAGAUGGCAGGAGAUGACAAGCACAUGUUCAAGCAGUUCUGCCAGGAGGGCCAGCCACACGUGCUGGAGGCCCUGUCCCCGCCCCAGACCUCGGGCCUCAGCCCCAGCCGACUAAGCAAGAGCCAAGGCGGCGAGGACGAGAGCCCCCUCAGUGACAAGUGCAGCCGCAAGACCCUUUUCUACCUAAUUGCGACCCUCAACGCGUCCUUCCGGCCCGACUACGACUUCAGCACGGCCCGCAGCCACGAGUUCAGCCGGGAGCCCAGCCUCAGCUGGGUGGUGAACGCAGUCAACUGCAGUCUCUUCUCGGCCGUGCGGGAGGACUUCAAGGCCCUGAAGCCACAACUGUGGAACGCAGUGGACGAGGAGAUCUGCCUGGCCGAAUGCGACAUCUACAGCUACAACCCAGACCUGGACUCGGACCCCUUUGGGGAGGAUGGCAGCCUCUGGUCCUUCAAUUACUUCUUCUACAACAAGCGGCUCAAGCGGAUUGUCUUCUUCAGCUGCCGCUCCAUCAGUGGCUCCACUUACACACGCUCGGAGGUGGGCAACGAGCUGGACAUGGAGCUGGAAGAGGAGGAGGACAAGAGAGUUGGCGCAGGCCGCGAGGGCGGGGCCGAGGAGACCGGCGCCAUGGAGGAGGACAGGUGUGUGCUGGAGGCCACGGCCCAGCCUCCCAGGGUGAGUGGGACGCCCUCUGCCUGGUCUCCUGGGCUGCGGCCCCUCAAGGGUCUCCAUGCCCGCUUCUGCCAGGGUCCAGGUGAUCUGUAUGUGACAAGGAGGAGCAGAGGCCCCAGCUUCAGCGGGGUCCAACUGCUGCCCGGACCUGCCUGCCUGAGGGGCCCAAGGGCCUCCCCCACUGCCUGCCAGACCCUGUUGCUGCCACAGUGUGGCACCCCCAGAGGCCUCGCCCCCCAAAGCCAGUGGGUUCCAGCCUGUGAAUGUCCACCACCCCUCCCCAGGCCCCUGCUGCCCGGACUGCGGCUGGACUGGACAGCAGGGGCCUGGAGAGAGCACCUGCCCAGAGGAGCCGCAGGGGCAGGGACAGCUGGCCCACAGAGUUUAUUUUUGUAUUUUGUACUGGCGAGGCCUGGUCCUCACACUCCAGGCCGGUGGCGCAGCCUGAGACCCAGCAGGCAGGCCCCAGAGGUCUGCUGAGCUUGGGCGGGACCCCGGCGCCCACCUGUACGCCCCCCACCUCGCCCGCCCGGCCGCGUGCACUGAGUGUCACUUUGCUGCAGCUCGUUUGUUUCCAAUAAAAGUUUCUGUGAAUUAACA